UAUCUAUCCAGUACCUUGUUUGUGGUUGACAUUUUACUUGAAUUAUGUCAGCGGUGCCUGUAGCAAUAGUUACACAAAAAUCUUGAUCAAAGACCAACUAAAAACUUUAGAGAAAACAGUCAACAUGGCUACGGACAGUAUCUGCUGUAACCCGGCUCCAUUAAAACCGAUAGCGUUCCAUGCUGAAAUAAAAUCUGAUAGAACUUACAAAGGCGGGUCAGUAUGGAUCUAUGAAAAUGUUGUUACAAAUGAAGGUGGUGCCUACAAUCCUGCCACGGGAAAGUUCACUGUUCCUAGGAAAGGUCUAUACUUGUUUACUUGGUACACUCUCAGUAACCCAAGUACGUCUUCUCAUGCCGGGUUAUAUGUAAAUGGAAAGAUAAAGGGAAGACAGGCCUCAAAUAAUGCAGAUGGUGGGAAAAAGUGGAUUACCUCUGGUAGCAACAUUGCGCUUGCACUAAAGGAAGGGGAUGAAGUGUUUAUUAUGGAUGCCCAUGGCUGGACGUCACAAAUUCGAGGCUUAUGGACCAGCUUUGGUGGUGUACAGAUCAGCUAAAAGACAAAAUCUUGUAUCAGUUAUAUGUAUUGCUUUCAGCUGGAAAUUCAGUUGUCUUUAAUAAAGUCGAAUUAUUCGAAAUUCUAAAACCUGCAGAUAA